AUGACCCACUGUUUUGUCGACUCGCCAACAGAGUUCCCAACACCCUUCGCCUCCUUUCACAGCUUUGUCGCCCAGCCCAGCUCAUUGUCGUCCAUGGCUGUUCCUCCUUCACCAGCAAGUGACAAGGCGCCACCAGAUAUGGACAGAGUCCGCGGCGUCAUUGUCCCAACACAAAGCAAGAAGCGGCCCAGCCCACUAUCGCUCCAGGACGGGGGCGUCGAAGUCGAAGAGCCACUCACCUCCAAAUCGACCGAGAGCUUCCUGAGCAGCGAGCUCGAGCAACUCAGACGCUCCGUCCACCAGAACCUCCGCGACCGUCCGUUAGGCAUCAGCGUCGAGGACAGCGACUCCGAGUUUGGCGAGGCGGGGUCCAGCAUCACUGCAUCUCUCAACGACGACAUGUGCAUCUCGCCGAUAGCGGCUUUGGCAAUGGUGCACAGUAGUCCUCAAGCGCUUGUCAUCGACACGCGGCCGCGCAAGGACUUUCUGGCCGCGCACGUCGCACAAUCAGUGCACGUCUCCAUCCCAUCACUCAUCUACAGUCGCCUCCGCAGGCAACUGAACGGGCCUGACGCUAAGAGCAGUGUAGCCACGUGGUCCUCGCUCAGCGCAUUUGUCAGCUCAUCCGCUGACCGUGCCGUGUGGAACGGCGUAGACCUCAACGCGCACAUCGACGUGAUAAUCGUCGGUGUGGACCGUCACGACGAAGAUGCACCAUGCGCGCUCGCCACCGUCCUUGGACAGGUCGUUUCGAUCGGGACGGUGCGCAUCCUCAAGGGCGGCUGGGCGGCGGCUGCACCUCUUGUCCAGGUGGAAGGGCUUCAAGUCACGGGCGAAGGGGGCGGUGCAUCGCGCAGCGACGCCAUCCCGGUGGCGCUGGGCCCGACAAUCUCGCCACCAGAAACAGGCUCUGGCGCCUCGACGCCGAUGGCAAUGGCAGUGUCCCCAACAAAACCACGAGGUCAGUUACCCCUGAGUGCGUUCACUGGUGGAGCGCCAGCGCCGAGCCAGAUGGUCAAGCGCCUCAGCGUGUCGAGCCAGGGUAGCACGAGCAGCAGCAGUGGCAGUGGCCCAUCCCUCAGCCCCGCGCAUCGCAGCCUUCCGCAGCUCUCCCUCAACCCGAGGGCACCGCAACCCUCUCGGCGUCCACCACCAAAGCUGAGCCUCCAUAUCCAACAACCAAAUGCGAUGCUGGGCUCUGGCGCGGAGCCGAAGAAGGCGUUCAACUCCCGCACAGCCAAACCUGGCCCGCUGAGGCUCCACAUUGGUGACUUGAGCCGACCCAACGCCCCAAGUGGGGCGAUGAGUGCGCUACCGACCUGUGGUGGGCCGACGGGCCUCACGCCAAUACAGCCACUCGCUCAGGCGGCCAGCGCUGGUCUGAUGCCGCCAGCCGGCGAGCCGUGGCAGGGGAGCCUCCGCUCGCCCGUGGUUGCGGGACAGCCGUACUCUGGCGGCUUGUACUCGUCGAGCCUACCGACGCCGUCACCGAUGCGCCAGGCGCCGAUAAAUAUCUCGACAGUCCUUCCAGGCUUUCUCUACCUCGGCCCCGAGAUCUCAACGAAUACCGACGUGGAGAUGCUGGUGUCGAUGGGCAUACGACGUGUAUUGAAUGUCGCGCUCGAGUGUGACGACGACGAGGGUCUCGGCCUCCGCGAAUCAUUCGAACGCUACUUCCGCAUCCCUAUGAAGGACACCGUCGAGGAGUCGGGAGUUGCUAAGGGAAUACGGGACGCCUGCGACAUCCUGGAUGACGCUCGCCUGCACGACGCACCCGUCUAUGUGCACUGCAAGGCUGGUCGUUCGCGAUCGGUAACUGUUGUCCUUGCUUACCUGAUUCACGCAAAUGCGUGGACUCUCAAGACGUCCUACGCCUAUGUGGCCGAGCGGCGACACGGCAUCUCGCCCAACAUCGGUUUCGUAGCUGAGCUGAUCCAGUUCGAGGAAACUGAACUCGGGAACAAGGGCAAGGGUGCGGAGAGCGAGAGCCAGAGCCAACUAGGUCAUGGCGCUCCAGAAGUGCCAGAGGCUCCUUCCAAUGUCAAGCCAGGUACCACACGUUACGGCCGGGAUAGUCUGCCGCCAGAAUGGGGCCGCGACGAUCCCUCAUCAAACCACCAACCCCUGGGACCGAUUGUAGCCGAGCCCGAACACACGCCAGAGGGCACAUCGAACCGGAGGCAAAAGCAGAGCGCGGCCGAUAUCGAGGUCCGCAAGAAUGGACAAUGGGUGCACGGACGUCGUGCGCCCGUAGACCGCACGACACUUCAGCCAGGCCGGCGAGUGUCAAAGGCGGGCCUCGAAUCGAUGAUGAUGCGUCCACUAGAACCCGCCUCGCACCGCAAACCAUAG